AUGGCUCCCGCUGUCCGUGCCCGCAAGGCCCAGAAGGUCACUCAGAAGUUCAUCAUCAAUGCUUCUCAGCCCGCCAACGACAAGAUCUUCGAUGUCUCCGCCUUCGAGAAGUUCCUCCACGACCGCAUCAAGGUCGAGGGCCGCGUCGGUAACCUCGGUGACAAGGUCGUCAUCUCCCAGGUUGGCGAUGGCAAGGUCGAGGUUGUCGCUCAUAUUCCCUUCUCUGGUCGCUACCUCAAGUACCUGACCAAGAAGUACCUCAAGAAGCAGCAGCUCCGUGACUGGCUUCGCGUCGUCUCCACCUCCAAGGGCGUUUACGAGCUCCGCUUCUACAACGUCGCCGCUGAGGAGGCUGAUGAGGAUGAGGAGUAA